GAUUAGUGGCAGAUUAAGCAUGCAAUCUGCAUGAACAUUCGCGCAUUUUUUUCUUCUGUUUUAUUUUUGUUUGAAUUGGCAUAAACCCGUGUUUGUUUGGAUUUAACCAUCAUAUUUUUUUUUCUUCUGUCUUGAUGAUUGCUGUUGAAUGGGUCUACAGAUAAAUAACCAUUUUCUGUUUCGACGCUUCUUUGCUUGGUGAUUGUAUUGUAAGAUUUAUAAGCUUUACCUUUUGUUUGGUUACCGAGAAACCAUCAAGAGGAUAAGAGAAUCAAGAAAAUGGAAUCCCACCUAAACCUAUACAUAUGCUUGUAACAGGUUAGAUUCAGAGGCUGUGCUGAACUCAUCAUAGUGCCUCCCUUAUCUUGCAUUUGAGAUCUUUGAAAAUGUCUACCCCCAACGUGGACCUAUCUCAGAAUGGGCAUAUAAAAAUCGCUGAUACCUUAUUUAGCGUUGGUGGAAUUGAAGAAUUUGAUUUCUCAAGACUGUUAGACAAGCCAAGGCCUUUGAAUAUGGAGAGACAGAGAUCAUAUGACGAAAGGUCGCUCCACGAAUUAACUAGUGGCUUGUCCCCACGGCCCCCAUCUAGAACUGAUGAUUUCCCUUCCCGAAUAACCGACCAUCUUGAAUAUUCAUUUUCACCGGGUAGGAGGUCAGGCUAUAAUACCCCAAGGUCAUUCACUGGCUUCGAACCGCAUCCGAUGGUUGCUGAAGCUUGGGAUGCUUUGAGGCGAUCUUUGGUGUAUUUCCGUGGUCAACCAGUAGGGACAAUUGCUGCAUUGGAUAAUUCUGAAGAAGAACUCAACUAUGAUCAGGUGUUUGUGAGAGACUUUGUCCCCAGUGCAUUGGCUUUUUUGAUGAAUGGGGAGCCCGAGAUAGUGAAAACUUUUCUUUUGAAGACUCUGCGCCUUCAGUCAUGGGAGAAAAAGAUUGAUAGAUUCCAGCUAGGAGAAGGAGUAAUGCCUGCCAGUUUCAAAGUAUUACACGAUCCAGUCAAAAACAAUGAGACUUUGAUAGCAGAUUUUGGUGAGAGUGCAAUUGGAAGAGUUGCUCCAGUUGAUUCAGGAUUCUGGUGGAUUAUAUUGCUUCGGGCAUACACAAAAUCUACAGGAGACACUUCCUUGGCUGAGCUGCCUGAAUGCCAGAAGGGCAUGCGCUUAAUUCUGAGUUUAUGUCUUUCAGAGGGGUUUGACACUUUCCCAACUCUUCUCUGUGCUGAUGGAUGCUGCAUGAUUGAUCGUAGAAUGGGUGUUUAUGGAUAUCCCAUUGAAAUUCAAGCACUUUUCUUCAUGGCUUUAAGAUGUGCGUUGCUUUUACUCAAGCAAGAUGGUGAAGGAAAGGAGGUUGUAGAACGAAUCGUGAAACGCCUUCAUGCCUUAAGCUUUCACAUGAGAAGUUAUUUUUGGAUAGAUUUGAAGCAGCUUAAUGAUAUAUAUCGAUAUAAAACAGAAGAAUAUUCUCACACUGCCGUCAACAAGUUUAAUGUAAUACCUGAUUCUCUUCCAGAAUGGAUUUUUGAUUUUAUGCCAAGUCGUGGCGGUUACUUCAUUGGGAAUGUCAGUCCUGCAAGAAUGGAUUUUCGUUGGUUUUGCUUGGGCAAUUGCAUUGCAAUCCUGUCAUCCUUGGCAACCCCUGAACAGUCCACCGCAAUUAUGGAUCUUAUAGAAUCACGAUGGGAAGAAUUGGUUGGAGAAAUGCCACUGAAGGUUUGUUAUCCAGCAAUAGAAGGCCAUGAAUGGCGGAUUGUAACAGGAUGUGACCCGAAAAAUACGAGAUGGAGUUACCACAACGGUGGAUCUUGGCCAGUGCUUUUAUGGCUUUUGACUGCGGCAUGUAUCAAGACUGGGCGCCCCCAGAUUGCCCGACGUGCCAUUGAACUUGCUGAAAGCAGGUUGCUAAAGGAUAACUGGCCCGAAUAUUACGAUGGAAAGCUUGGUCGAUAUAUUGGGAAGCAAGCCCGUAAAUCCCAGACCUGGUCCAUUGCUGGUUACUUGGUUGCAAGAAUGUUGCUUGAAGAUCCGUCUCAUUUGGGUAUGGUAGCACUUGAAGAAGACAAGCAGACGAAGCCCCUGCUCAGAAGAUCAAAUUCAUGGACAUUCUAAUGCCAUUUAUCCUUUUUUUUUUUUUUUUCGAGUUUAUCCACGAAAGGCCUGUUCUGUAAGGAUGGAGGGACAGAGCUAAUUGAAGCUGACUACCUAUUCCUUUUAACUUUCAGGUUCCUACCAAUAAGCCAUUUGUAGUACGUAUCACGUGUUCUUUCUUUUCUUAUUCAUAACUGCAAUGGUAUAUUAGUUCUUUCUUCUCCA